AUGCACAUAAAAUAUCACUCUGUCAAGCCCGAAGUCGAGAGCGUUCUGGCGGGCGGUCUCCCGAACCAAUAUAAGAAAAUAUUGCAGAUGGCGUGCGAAAGCAGAUCUCGAGUGCAACAAAACGACCUACUUCUUCAUGAGGCAGUGAUCAAAAACGAGCCUGCUGCUGUUCGCGAAGCGCUACAGCGGCCCACAGACGUCAAUUGCAGGAACAAUUAUGGAAGAGCACCGAUCCACUGGGCGGCAAGCAGGGGCAAUGUAGAAAUUAUAAAACUCCUUAUCGACGCCAAAUGUGAUAUUGAAGCUGCCGACAAAUUCGGCAUGCGACCUCUACUGAUGGCAGCAUGGCAUGGUCACUUGGAAGCGGUGAAGACCCUCGUCACGGCUGGCGCCUGCCUCGCUGCUAUUAAUAAGGUAUGA